UAUUAUUCAUUACUGGAUUUUCCAACUGAGUUGAAUAAAUAAGCUUUUACUUUUCUUUUCAGAAAAGCUUUCCAGGGAGAACUUAAAAUAUCCAUGGGGAAUGGGGAAACCCGAAUUCUCCGGAGUACUCCAGACUGGGAGGAAAGUGCAAUCAGCGAUGACCACCUGUGGGUUAACAGUAGUGCCUCUGGAGAUUUGUGCUACGUCGGAGAUAAUGACUGCUCAAAACAAGGUCCGAGGAUGAGGUGCCCAUCUUGCAAAAUUACUGCUCAUACUAGAUGCAUCAACACCCUAAUUGAAAAAAUGAAAUUCCAUUGUAAACCAACUUUCAAAGAUGUUGGCGUCAGGCAGUAUAGGGAGGUAAGUAGAACUGUGCUAUUCUACUAAUACUAAUAAUAAUAAUAUGAAAUCACUGAUACACUAUAGACUCAGAACUGUUAUCUAAGUUUAGCAACAAGUAUCUCCUGAACAGCUACAUGCAUUAUAAUUUAAAAAAUACAGUUGUAAAUCUAAGUGGGACUAAAAUACACAAUUCAGAAAUAAAACCAAACAUAUAAACAAAUUUUUAUGUACUAAAACACUUGACUUACUUAGAUUGAUUUUUUUUUUCAUUCUAUUUUAUUAUCCAUACAGCAUUUUGCAUUGUUAUAAGACAA